GUUAGAUCGACCGUCGAUAUGCCUCCCGGUUUACAUUAUGUUUUUUUUUGUAUUCACGAAACGUUUUGUUGCGGAAUCUCGAAAAAUCGAGCAAAAGUGGUAUUUGUUUUCCACCCUUCUCUACAAAUGUAAAAAAUGCACGUUUUUUCAAAUUAAAUUUUUCUACCUUCGAACUCCGUAGAUUAGAUACUUGCUUCGAAUCGAUGCUAGAUUCAUUAACCCCGGGAUAGUGCUCACAUAUUUUAUGAUCUAUUCGUACAACCCGGGCUUGUAAGACCCGACUAGACCAGACUUCUCUUAUUUGAAAACUGGGUCUAUUCAGCUACUUUUCUAACAUUGUACUUUCUGGGUCUGUUAGACCCCGCAGUAUACUCCGAGUCUGGAGAACUCCUAAGUAAAGAAAAAAGAGAAAGAGUCAGGAGUGAUAGGAAGCUCAUGAUUUCAUUAGACUGCAACUUCUAAGUGGUAUUAAUGCCUUUUCACCUGAGAAGAAACUCUGUUCCGGAAAUGGAGGAAUAUUCCGCAACCUCUGACGUCUCCGUUGUCGAUGUCUAUGACAUUGCGUCGGAGAUUGGCAAAGAGUGUGAAAAGCUGAUAGAUUUGUUUGGCGCGGAUGCUGUAACUGGCCUCAUGCCCAAAGUAAUCAAUGCUCUUGAAUUACUGGAAAAUCUUGCAACUAAGAAUGAGAGAGAAAUUACGGCCGUACAGGAAUUAACCGCCAAGAUUUCACAACUGGAGACGGAUAAAAUUGGGAAAGCCGAAGAUAGACAGAGGUUUGAGAAGGAAGUAGAACAAACAGAAGAGCAUUGGAGACAAGAAUCUCGAGAUCUGGUUGGGAUGGUGACAAGAUUACAGGAUGAGAAUCGUCGUUUGUCGGCGGCAUUGCAGGAGUCACGUAGCGAUACUCAGGACAGCGGUAAACAAACUUUUACAGCAGCUAGUCAAGAAGUCGACAUCGCAGUGUUGCAACAUCUGAGGAGCAUGAUAGACAAGCAAAGGGAUCAAAUUCGAGCGAGAGAUCGAGAGUUAUCGCAGAAGAACAUGGAAAUCGAAAAUUUGACCGUACAAGUCGAAAAAUUGUCAUCUCUCGGUCGUGAAUUGAAACGAAAGCAACGUCAAGCUCAGAUGCAGUCACGAGGUCUCGUCGAGGAGAGGGCAGAUUUUCUUGCUCAAUUACAGGAUCAAAAUCGCGAACUUAUUAAUUUAAGAGCCCGACUUGGUCUCGCCCGCAAGGAGAAUGAAGAUCUGACAAAAUCUCACUGCUACCCGGAUCUUACGAACAAAGUAGUCUACGAUCUCGACGAUCCGGACAGGCCUAGAUUUACAACCGCUGAGCUUAAAGAGAUUUUGCACGAGAGAAACGAGUUGAAAGCUCGAGUUUCCGACCUCGAGGAUGAGCUCGAACUCUACCGACCCAAACCUGAAACUGGGAUACCAGCGAUCCUGACUAACGUUUACGCACCUGAGGACGAGAGGGAUUUACCGGUUCAGGGUCCAUUGCCGGAUGAACCUGAUGACGCGCCGUGGAAAAAAUCGUCAGAGUCUGGAAUACGAAAAUUCUUCCGAAAAAUAUUUUCUGAGAACAGCAGCGGUUUUCUCGGUGGCAGCAGUCCCCGACGAAGUCUUUCGAGCCUUUCGAAAAUGGCGUUGUCCGGGAACGGUGCCAGUGAUACAUCGAUUUAAACGAUAGAUCCUGUAACAUUUUUGGUCCUGCCAUUGGAUGGUCAUCAUUUAGCUAUUGGGAAGCUACUCAACCCGAUGAUUUUUACCCCUCGUUACGUAACUGAUCUUUCGUUUUGCAAAAUAUCCCAUUUUGGCCACAGUUUGGCCGAGAUUAAGAUUCCCAUGAUGAGACGCUCAAGGUAGAGUAGACGAUCGACCGACCUCCGUAGAUUGAAAAAAAUUCACUCGCUCAAUUCGAUAACAGAAUCGGUCAAGGAUGUACAUGCGCGUCGUAUUAAUCAGUUGACAGCUUCUCCAUAUUUUUUUAAAGGAAUUACCUUGGUAAUUCAUAUACAGCAUAAUAUUAGUAGAAAGGCAUUAUCCUCAUUUUUUAAUUGCAAAUUAUGUUUGAGUUCAUUGCAAAAAAUAUUUCAUUCCAAGUCUUUCACAUAAUUCGAUAGUACAUUGCGAAAAGGCAACGUUUGACAACGUUGAACGUAGUCACCAUAUACAAUCCUAAAAAGUACAGCUGUCACUUCUAUUGACAAUAUGAUAUAGGUGGUUGCACUAUAUGACAAGUGACGGGCUUGCAAAAAUUAAAAAUUCUAAAACCAUUUGUCGUCUUCAACUCAAUAUUUCCAAUUCAGAUGGCCGUUGACCACCUUUUUUUUAAUGUACUAUUAGAUUCUGCGCGAUUCAAUUCAUAUAAACAAUGGUUUAAAUUUUUGACAUCUAAUGUAGAAAUAUAUUAAAUUUUUAGUUGAAGAUGGUUGAAGGGGCCAGUAAGUCAUUGUGGCCAUAAACGAUAUAUUAUUUCUGUACUUUUCGACUGUUAGUAUUUCAACCAAAUAGUCCAUAAGGAGUCUUGAAAUUUCAAAAACAUAGAAAAGCAAUCUUGGAUUGUACAACAUAAAAAAAUUAGCAUGCUAUCUAAAAAACAGCCCUCGUGCCUGUACAUCCUUAGUGAUUUUAUCCAAUAUCGUAUUAUUGAUCAAUCUCGAGCGUCUGUUUCUCGAGAGGUAUUUUAUACCUCUCGACAAAUAUUUUAUAAAACGAUCAUAUUUGUUGCCAAAAAAGUACUGCGUAUUUAUAUAGCUUUAUCAGUGUUAUAUAAUUGUACGAAUGCAUAUUUUAACACACAAAAAAAAACCAAUGAUUUUCCCUUUAGCGACAAAAAGGACGGUAGAUAUUGGCAAAUGUUUUGAAGAAAUUUCGACCAAACGCUGCGAUCCUUUUGUUUCGUUUUAUACGAUUAGUAUACACACGAAUGCAUAUAUAUAUAUAUAUAUACCCACACAUAUAUUUUUUGUAUCGUAUCUUCAUGGAUCGUUUAAAGAUUUUGGGUAUGUGCGACCCUCUUUGCUUCCGGCUUAAGAUAUGCUUUUAUUUUUUACAUCAAUUUUAUCUUGCAUUUGAAUUGCGUGGCAAUUCUGCGCGUUGUUGCAACUCGCAAACAAAAAAAAAUGAUCAGCCUUCCCAAUUCUUCACGUGUAGCAUUCGAGUAUAGGCCAUUUUCUUGAGCUCCGAUCAGCGGCGCUUUGGCUGAAUAACGUCAUGAAUUCCAAAAACAAGACUUAAUCGUUGAUGGAAAAACGUUAUUACAUUAUCAUUUAGAAAUACUAGUCGAUAGUGGAAGAAACGAUUUGUAGGGAAUGUCGUUCGUCGAUCAAAAGUUUAAUGAUUCGUUGAGUGCGCGAAAUUUUUCAUAGGCAGAAAUUUUGUUAAGUACACGAAGAAAGUUUUCUCGUCAUGUUGUCUAAAAUAAAAAUUCAACAUUUCUAGUCCAUUUUCUUUGGAUCUGGAGUUCAAAAGGAGAAAAAUUUGAAAAAUUCAAUUCAACGAAAUUGCAGUAAACAUUUUACUUGUUGGAACAAUAUUUUUGUCGAUUCUGAGGAAUUUUUAUACAUAUUUCCGUUUUUUUUAACAUUAUUUCCGAAUAUAAAGUUCGCGAAUCGAUAGACUUUUUCAAGCAUGCUAAUAUUUAGCAUAAUCAAAGAGAAGUUUAUACGACACAGAUCGUGUACACUAAAUCGACAUUCCAAAGAAACACAAGAAACAUCGAUGUAGAAUGGAUGAUAAAAAAUGAGAUGAACAUUUAUUUAUACCCGAGUAGAUGCGGAAACCCGCGUGUAUAAUCUACAACUCUCGUAGAGGAAAUCUUGGAACUUUAGUUCCAUUGACUAAAUAUUGACUAAAUGAACACAUUGCCCGAUUGUAAAAGUAAACAUAUCCAUUCCGCGAUGUAUCGAUGCACGAGUAAAAAAAAAAGGAACAAGAUUUCGAACCAAAAGACACAGAUCUAAGACAUUUUCAAUUUUCCUAGAACGUAUAUAUUUUCGGAAAAUCCGAGACACAUCAAUUAAACGAGUUUAUAGGGCAGUGAUCAAGUAUUUUUUAUUGUUUUCCUUUUUCCUCCUGAUGACAGUGAAAUUUGUAUAUAUACACACUAUUGAAUAAAUAACAACUUGUUGUACGUCAGUUAUUAAGUAAUGAGAAACACAAUACCAACGAUUAAAGCGUGAAUAUUUGAACUGUAAUGAAAAAAAUGUUACACGAAUAAAAACUAUUAGUACAA